AUGGCCUAUCGAAUUGGCCUAGACCGACUCGAGCACAUCCGCGUGCUCUACGCCGACUGGAGCACGGUCAGCGACGAAGAUAUCCAGGAGUGGCGGGCUCUCUGGUGGCGCAUCUACCGCCUCGACACCUACGCCAAUCUUGCCUCUGGCACACCGUAUCUCAUCGACGACACCUUAAUCGACACCUCUUUCAAUCUCAGCCAAACAGCAAACCCUUCUCAUGCAAUCUUCCUUCCUCCUAACUCAGCUGGUCUCGCCGAGCUCCUCCCCGCCAUUACCUCAGACCCUGAAACCCUCCUAGACAAUAUCCACAACAUCACCAUCGCAUCCAUGCGCCAAGCCGGUCUUAUGAUCCGCAUCCACAUGCUCCGCUGGCAAGCCGGGAUGCUAUCACAGAUCACUGCCGUCGAUCGCCAACUAACAACCCUGCGCCUCGCCCUACCACCCGGCUGGCUCAACCCGCACCGCAACGCCUUCAUCAACGAGAGCCCGCUCGCCCACCACGCGCGGCUCAUAACAGUCUACCACCUUCGCAUGGCGCAGCUGCUCCUCUCCGUUGCAGAGUGCAGCGCCCGGCGCGCAGACGACUGGCUCUCAGCCUGGCAGCGCGUCCUGGAGACAUGUCAGGAUAUCGCUGGGUUGGCGAGUCAGUGGGACAGCGCAUAUUGCAUGACGGUCGACCCGGCCAUCACGUUUACCAUCUUCACAACACUCAUAUUUCUUGAUCUUCAAAGGAAGUGCGAGCUAGUGGCAACCGAUGAUCUCCAUUCGAGCAUUGACCAUGACAUCACCGUGCUGCAUCUGCAGCUUAAACACUUCGGGACCAUAUGGACGCAGGCGAGGCUGCUUACUUGUAAGGUUCCCACCUCCUUCAGGCAUGUAUGGUAG